AUGGUGCCAACCCUCCACGACCCUUCCCUUCUCAAAAAGGAUCUCGUAUACGUGGACGGCCAAUGGGUGAAAGCUACCUCUGGCAAGACCUUUCCGGUAUAUGAUCCUGCAACAGGAGACACCAUCGGCACAUGUCCCGACUUCGAUGGCCGGGACACCGAAAAUGCGAUUGCUGCGGCCCAGAAGGCGUUCUUGGAAUUUCGCCUCAAGACGGGUCGAGAAAGGGGAAGACUUCUACGCAAAUGGUAUGAACUGGUCAUGGAAAAUGUCGAAGACUUGGCAACUCUGAUCACCUGGGAAAACGGCAAGCCUCUCGCGGACGCUCGAGGAGAGUCGAACUACGCGGCAAGUUUCCUAGAGUGGUUCAGUGAAGAAGCUCCCAGGGUCAACGGCGACAACCUAUCACCCUCAGUGCCAGGGAAUCGAGUGAUAACUCGGAAAGAGCCGGUUGGCGUCUGCGCUCUCUUGACGCCCUGGAACUUUCCUGCGGCCAUGAUCACGCGCAAGGUCGGGCCAGCCUUGGCUGCUGGAUGCACGGUGGUCUGCAAAGCUCCAAGAGAAGCUCCAUUCACAUCACUUGCGCUGGCUGAGCUCGCCCACCGCGCUGGAGUCCCACCAGGGGUCAUCAAUGUGGUGACUACUGCGCAAAAUAUGGCCGAGGUGGGCCUCGUUCUGACGACGCACCCAGCUAUAGCUAAGGUCUCUUUCACCGGUUCAACCGGUGUGGGAAAGCUACUCAUGAAGCAAGCAUCCUCUACCCUGAAGAUCCUAUCUAUGGAACUAGGUGGCAAUGCCCCAUUUAUUGUCUUUGAUGAUGCCGAUCUCGAUGCGGCGGUGGCUGGGGCAAUCACUUCGAAAUUCCGCUCCAGUGGACAGACAUGUGUCUGUGCAAAUCGUAUCUAUGUGCAGAAGGCUGUCUAUGAAAAUUUCAGCAACCUUUUAGUGGAGAAAGUGAAGAGCUUCACCGUUGGCAACGGAUUCGACAAGUCGACAACCCACGGGCCCCUCAUUCACGGCAGAGCUGUAGCGAAAGCACACGAGCACGUCAAGGACGCACAGGAGAAAGGCGCCAAGAUCCUUAUCGGAGGUGACAGGAUACAAUCUCUGGGCGACAAUUACUUCCAACCCACCGUUAUGAUUGGAAUGACCAAGGAGAUGGCCAUGGCAACAGAAGAAACAUUCGGCCCAGUUGCAGGUCUAUUCCCCUUUGACACGGAGCAAGAAGUGGUCGAUCUUUCGAAUGCGUCUGAAGUUGGCCUGGCUGCUUAUGUAUUCUCUCGGGACAUUAGCCGUGUUUAUCGAGUUGCCGAAGCCCUUGAAGUCGGCAUGGUUGGUGUCAAUUCUGGUUUGAUUUCGGACCCAGCCACCCCCUUUGGAGGUGUCAAAGAAUCAGGAUUUGGAAGGGAAGGAUCCAAAUAUGGCAUUGAAUCGUACCAAAACAUCAAGAUGAUCACUUUUGCUGGUAACGAUAAGCCACUUCAGAGUUAAGAUUUCACAAUCACGAGGUAUUGUGACUCUCUCUAGAUGGCUUGGGGCAUUUGAAUGGGGGUCGUUUACAACAAGAAAAAUGCAAUUACAGGCCAUCCAUCCAAUAUACCCUCAUCAUGUAGAUAGAGCAUUAAGAAACAUAUCGUUAUCAGUGGUACACAGCCUUGAAUAAAUAAUUUUGG